UCCUGUCAAAACGAACGGCACAACUGUAUUUUUCCCCCCUCUUCUUUUUAAUUAAUUAUAUUUAUCCUUGAGAUCCUUCAUCAAACCUCUCCCUCCUCUCUCUCCACAAUUUCACAUCUCUCAUCUCAAGAAAAUAAAAAGAUUCGGCCUUCCUGUGUUAAAGUUUUAAAGCCUAUUUUCUGUUUCUUCUGAUCCGGCUUUUUCUGAAGAGAACUUGCAGAUAUGGAACAACACUUCUUUGAUCAUGAGGCACAUUUUGAAUCUGAGGAAGAUGUUGGACUUAAGCAGAAACAUAAAUUGAUCCCAGUCCCAACAGCAGUCUCAGACAAUGACAGUGGCUAUUUUGAAUGCAACAUAUGCUUAGACUCUGCACAUGACCCUGUUGUCACCCUAUGUGGUCAUCUAUAUUGCUGGCCAUGCAUUUACAAAUGGCUCCAUGUUAAAACCUCCUCCUCUGAUGCUAGUCAGCAGCAGCCGAGCUGCCCUGUCUGCAAGGCUGACAUUUCUCCAAAUUCAUUGGUCCCUCUAUAUGGCCGGGGCCCAUCUACAUCUGAAUCAAAAUCCAAGAAAGACCCAGUGGAUGUAGUCAUACCCCGUAGGCCACUCCCUUCUGAGUUGAAUACAGUGAAUGCUAAUACUUCGCCACAAAAUCAGCAACUUCAUUCAAAUUUUUUCAAUCCACAGCCUCAGUCAUUUCAACACCAACAAUACUUCCAUGAUCCUCAUGGAGGUUAUGCAGCCUUGACCUCUUCAAACCUUGGGGGUACCGUGAUGACAGGUUUUUUAAAUCCAAUGCUGGGGAUGUUCAAUGAGAUGGUGUUCACAAGGAUUUUUGGGACGUCGAUCACCAAUAUGUUUGCUCACCCUUACACAAAUACUCUCAUGGGAAGUAACAGUCCUAGGAUGAGGAGGCAGGAAAUGCAGCUUGAUAAAUCUCUAAAUAGAGUGUCCAUCUUUUUUCUUUGCUGCAUUAUUUUGUGCCUCCUCUUAUUUUGAUUAGGUUAUCUUUCAGCUUUUGUAAAUAGGUGAUGCCAUACACAUUGCAGGGACAAUCUUCUGUAAUUUUUUUUUUUCUGGAAACUCUCUUUUAAGAGAUUUUCCUCGACAGUUUUGCAUUUUAUCUGUCAUUCUUUACUUGCAUAUGCUAUUGUAACUGUCGGAUUUCACGAGUUGUAUUGGAUUCUUGAUUACAAAAUAUAUACGCUGCUCAUUUUGUA